AUGGAUAUCGAUGAUAGAAAGGCUGAAGAGUUAUUACAAUUAGUUUAUUUCCUUCUUACGAAAAAUACAACUGGUCCAUAUUUAUACAAAGCCGAUCUAAAAGGAUUAGCGGCUAAAACAAAUAAAUCGGUGAUCGACAUCAGACUCUGGUUCAUUGCAAAACGCGACUCUGAUCCUAAGAGAAAAGAAUAUAGAUAUAAAACAGUCUCCGAUGAAAUAAACAAUCAAGUAACAAGAUGCAUCGAGUUAGCUAUCAAAAGUCAUGAAACUGCACAAUUGAAAGACACUAAACAGACAACAAUCCGCGAAGACUCGAAUGGAAUCAAUAACCAAGUGUCACCGGAAGAAAGAACUUGCGAACCGAAACCGAAACGAUCGCGUCUUGAAAAACCAGAAGAAAUCAAAUUAAAUGCCGAGAAAACUCUGAAAUUCCUUUAUUAUAAUCUUCUGUGGUCGGAAAAAGGACCAUAUUUAUAUGAUGCUUGCAUCAAAAAGUUGGGAAAAAGAAUUGGACGCACUGAGGAAGAGAUCAAAAACUGGUUCACUGAGAAACUAGAUUCACAAAAAAACUCCCUCGUGCAAAUUCCCGAUCCAAUUGAUGGAGUGUCAAAAGAUAAAGUAUUGUCAAAAAUCGUCAAGGAAGCAACUUUAGACGAAAAAUCGAUACAAAAUCCAAAACCCUUUCAACUGCCAGACAUUAUGUAUUAUCAGGAGACAGCGAGGGACAAAUCAAAUUGGGCUAAAUUUAAUAAGAACGACACCGGAAAAGUGACUGUUCUCGAUUAUAUACAUACCGAAUUGCGAAAAGUCCACAAAGAUCCUUGUAUAAGCUUGGGCGUUAUUGGUAUUCUAUCGGAGAAAAUAAAUGUGUCGGCUCCUUCGAUAAUGGAGUGGUUCGAAGCAAAAGAAAAAGGAAUCUGCUCGGGAAUACCGGUUGAGAACAUACGAAUGUCUGAAGCUUUGUUUGAACAAAUACACUCCAUAUAUCCAACACCAUUUCCAUCCAAAAAGAACGGUUCAGAAGUGAUUUCUGAGAACGUGGCCGCUCUAAAACCUUCCAAUAAUGAUGCCGGAAGUUUGAAGCCGACUUCCAAAAAAGUGGCAUCGGAGGAAGGAACUUCUGAACCGGAACCAAAACGACCGUGCCUUCAAAAAUCAGGACAAUUUAUUCCACGAUUCUAUACUUAUGCCGAAAAAUUCCGAGAAAUAAUGAGAUCACCAACAUCGGGUCGCAUACGGGGCGGAGGGCAUUAUAGAAUGUCAGAUCAUAAUAUAAUGUUUUGGACUGCGGAUAACACUGAUGACGAGGAAGAUCGAGAAUCUUCUUCAGAAGAUGAUUGUGAAGCAAAAACUGAUUACGACGGAAAUGGGGAAGCUUCGAAGUCGUCUGUCCCUUCCAAAUAA